GGUCUCACCAGACUUUACUGGUAAUCAGUCAGUACAUCGUGAGUGAGGAUUGUUGUUGUUGUUGAUCGAUCUCCCGGCUUGCCGGCUGUCAAAAUCACCGGAAAGACAAAAAUCGUGACACAAACAACCGUGAACAAGAAGCAAUUUUGAAAAUCUCGGUGUCAGUGGUAGUGUUGGAGAGUGGUGGUGGAAGAGACAAAGGAGACGGGUGUGCAACGAAAGAGGGUUGUUAUGGGGCGAAGCUGUCGUCGUCUGCUUGUACUUUCGCCGCUGUGUUUGCUGACUAUAUUCGGCUUUCUCGCAGCGGCUGAUGCUUUCUCCACCAAUAGCAAGCCUUGCCCGUUAAGGCAAUUUCAAUGUGCAAAUGGUAAUUGUAUACCAAGCCCGUGGGUCUGCGACUUACAGGACGACUGUGGAGACAAUUCCGACGAAAAUACUAACAAAUGUGAAAAGAGUACGCACACGUGCACCAACUCGGAGUUCAAGUGCGCGAACGGCAAGUGCAUACCCGGAUCGUGGCACUGCGAUGGCGAUGAUGAUUGCCAGGAUGGAUCGGACGAGGAUCCAGUGAUUUGCAGGAUGAAGAAUUGCACGUCGGAACAGUUCACGUGUCACACGGGGGUUGGCGAGUGCGUGGAGCUCGCUUGGAUGUGCGAUGGCAACCAAGACUGUUCGGACGGUUCAGACGAGGCUGAGUGCAACAACACCUGUCGAUCCGAUGAGUUUACGUGCGCGAACAAGCGCUGUAUCCAGCAAUUCUGGGUUUGCGACGACGACGACGAUUGCGGGGAUGGCAGCGACGAGGAUUGCAAGUCGUUCACCUGCGACCCGACGCAGUUCGCCUGUUCGAAACAUUAUUGCAUAACGUCUCGUUGGCGGUGCGACGGUGAAUUCGAUUGUCCUGAUAGAUCGGACGAAAAAGGAUGCGAGUACAAAGACGGCAAACGGCCGAGCCCUUGUGACAAGGAAGACUUCUACUGCGACGAUGAUUUGACAUGCAUACACAAAAAUUGGGUGUGCGACGGCGAGAAGGAUUGCCCUAACGGUGCGGAUGAAUCGCCUCAACGGUGUCAUAACGUUACGUGCCGACCUGAUCAAUUCCAAUGCGAGGAUCAUCAUAAUUGCAUAUCAGGUCACCUGUAUUGCAACGGCAAAGCGGAAUGCGCGGACCGCAGCGACGAGAGAAAUUGCACGAGCAAAACCGUAGCUUGCGACCCCUUGACUCAGUUCGAAUGCAGUGAAGGUUCGUGUAUUCCUCUCAACAACGUAUGCAACAAGAAUCCGGACUGCAUCGGCUGGGAGGACGAGAACGCGGAGCUUUGUAACGUGAAUGAGUGCUUGAAGAACAACGGUGGUUGCUCGCAGAUUUGCAUCGAUUUGCCGAUCGGUUUUCGGUGCGAUUGCAACGCAGGAUACCGGUUGAUAGAUAAUAGAACUUGUGACGACAUAGACGAAUGCUUAGAACCGGGUAGUUGUUCCCAGUUUUGCCUGAACGAGAAGGGUAGCUUCAAGUGUAGCUGUGCCGCGGGUUACCUGAAAGAUCCCAGGAAUCAUACUCAUUGCAAAGCUGCAGAGGGUCAUGCGAGUCUGCUGAUUACCAGGAGGCACGAUAUAAGAAAGGUAGCUUUAGACCGUUUGGAGAUGACAAGUAUCGUGAAGGACACGAAAAUGGCAACGGCAUUGGACUUCGUUUUUCGCACUGGUAUGAUCUUCUGGAGCGAUAGUAGCGAAAAGAAGAUCUACAAAGCUCCGAUAGACGAAGGAAACGAGCGUACAGUUGUGAUAGACGAUGGUUUAACAAUGUCUGAUGGACUUGCCGUUGACUGGAUUUACAGUCACAUUUACUGGACCGAUUCUAAAAAGAACACUAUAGAAUUGGCGAAUUUCGAGGGCAACAUGAGGAAGACCCUGAUUCGAGAUCGCGUACAGGAACCCAGAGCGAUAGCUUUGAAUCCGUUGGAGGGUUGGAUGUUUUGGACUGACUGGAGUGAUGAAGCUCGUAUCGAGAAAGCGGGCAUGGAUGGAUCUCAUCGAACGGUAAUAGUCGAUAAUGAUAUACAAUGGCCGAAUGGAUUAACUCUGGACUUAAUAGGCAAGAAGAUAUACUGGGUAGACGGGAAGUUAAAUAUAAUUGGAUCGUGUAACUACGAUGGUUCAGGUGUACGAACAGUUCUGUAUUCACCGGAAGUAUUGAGGCAUCCUUUCAGUAUUACAACGUUCGAGGAUUACGUUUAUUGGACCGAUUGGGAUAAGGAGGCGAUAUUUAAAGCGAAUAAAUUUACUGGUCAAUCGGUCAAAGCUGUAACGUCGCUUCGAACUCUGAAAUAUCCAAUGGUCGUUCAUGUGUAUCAUCCAUAUAGACAGCCAGAUGGAAUGAAUCAGUGUCAGGCUGUGAAUGGUCAUUGCAGUCAUUUGUGUUUACCGGCACCAAGAAUUAAUUCCAAAUCGCCUCUUCUUAGUUGCGCUUGCCCAGACGGCCUAAGAUUAUUACCUGACGGUUUAAUGUGUGUGGAGAAAGUAAGUACAACUGUAGCACCUACAACGCAAGAAAUUAGUAAACCAUUCAAGAAACUUGAACCUCUCAACGUUACCACUACGACUAUUCAUCCGGCACAUUCAACAGACGGAGAAGGAAAAGAUAGUGCGUCAUCAGAAUCCACAGACCCUGGUUUAGUCGCCGGUAUAGUGAUAGGCGUGGCGUCCUUAGGGCUGUUACUCCUCGCAUUAGUAGCAGUAUUGUGCUAUAGGCAUUACCUUCAUCGUAAUGUUACAAGUAUGAACUUUGAUAAUCCUGUGUAUAGGAAAACCACAGAAGAUCAAUUUAGUCUUGAAAAGAAUAGGUUUCCACUCCCCACUGCCACAGUUGGAGAAGAGGCUCAGGAACCUUUAACGAGUCCUGGAACUAAUGAUUACGUUUAAGAAUGAAUCUGUCAAUGAAACGGGCUUAGCAGGCUAUUGAAAUAUAAUGUCGACCAAGUAACAAAACCAUGUAUAAAAAAGCGAUGAAGCGCAUAUACGUCGAGCAAGCCUGUCCAAUAAUACGCCUGCGUUUGCCCGCCUGCCUGCCAACUCAGCUGUGAUUAUGUUUAUUUUUUUGUACUGUGUCUAUUUGUUUACAAAUUUAUGCAUCUUGUCAUUCAACUACUAUUACACAUACAUAUGCGCAACAUUUAGAUUUGCUCCGAGGCAUAAAGGGAGAAAUAUUUAGGUAAACUAUAAUUGUUGCCAAAUAAGCGUUUAAGCGUCAGUUUUCGAAUAGUUCGAUAAGAUACAAUAAAAUCCUAUUUUAUAAUGUUUUCUCUUUUAUUUACAUGCGUAACAUGUAACAUAG